UUUUCUUUCACAGAUAAUGCGAUACAGAAUAAUAUCUAAAUAUUAUCGUUCUGUGCAUCUGUGUUUUUUCUUCUCAAAUCUCCCCACAACGAGGAGCCCACAAUAACACAUCACUGUUCGUCGUCCAUUGGAACGAUAUCGUCAAUCGUACAUUAUUGUCGGGCGCUCGAGCAAUAAUACUUUUAACGUUGUGAUUUUUUCGUUUUUAGUACGUAUACGCAGGUACCGAGCAAUGUACAAUUAUUGCGGUUAUCGUCAAUAACAACGGUCGUCCGGACAUCGUCUCACACUUUACGUCCGUUGGCGUACAGUAACAACAAUAAUAGUAAUACAGGUGUACACCUUACGUGUUACCGCACAUCUGUAAUUAAUCGAAUCGUCGUCACGUCGCGGUAAUUUAUCGCGUCCCUUUUUCAAUUGGUUACCGUCUCGAGAUGCGGUGCACGAACAACGGCUACUAGGGCGACACCGCAGAAAUCGUUUUUGAACAGAUAUAUUUCUAAUGCAAUAAGGAAACAUAACUAAAAAUGGCCGGAGGAACUAGCUUAGUAGUUCCAAUAGUUUUAUGGGGUAAAACACCAUUAACACAUUGUAUUUCAUGUGUUUACUUAUCCCCAGAUCAGCGAACACUAGUAACUGGAUGUUAUGAUGGGCAAAUAUGUCUUUGGGCAGUAUCCCCAGAAACUUUAAAGAUGACUCCAAGAUGUUUACUAGUUGGUCAUACAGCUCCAGUUUUAUGCCUAGCACAUGCUAGUAUUAUUGCUGAUAAUGCAUUCUUUGUUAGUUCAUCUGAAAAUGGUGAAAUGAGUACUUGGGAUAUAGUUGAUGGAAAAUGUAGAGAAGUUACUAAAUCAAUUUAUAUUCAUACAAACAUUCAGGCAUACCGUAUGGUUGGAACAGAAGAUGUACGUUUAUUCUGCAAUGGUUAUUAUGCUGAGGUCAUUAUAAUGAACCCAUUUACAUUAGAAAUUAUUUUCUCUUUAUCAUCACGUGUCAAUCCAGACUGGAUAAGUGCUUUAUAUGUAUUGAAACCUCACACGUGUAAAGAUGAUGUGGUUUUGGGAUUAACUACAACGGGAACAGUAAAAGUGUGGACUUUAGAGCCAAGAGAUUAUGGACCUACAGAUGUUUCAGUAUUUGAAAAUGAGAGUAAACAAAUUAGAUGUCUUAAUGCUUUGACUAUGGCUUGCUGUUCUCAACAUCAAAGAACUGUGUUAAUUGUCUGUUCAAAGUGUUGGCAGAUAUAUGAUGCUGGUGAUUUCUCAGCUUUAUGUACAGUCUAUGCACCUCGAGGAGAACGUUGGUUGGGUGGAGAAUUUUUAGCACCUGAUCGUGUUCUGAUUUGGACAGAUGAUGGGAAAGGCUAUCUAUACAAACUGCCCGCAAAUAGUAUCGUUGAAAAUAAAAAUUUUCAUAAGCAAGCUGAGGAUGGUGAUAUUCCCUAUUUGUACAGUUUAUUAUCUGUAACUUCAAAUGUGCACUUAUAUUGUUCCCCGGCUAUUCGUUUUUAUGAAUCUUUACAACAUGGAAAAAUAUUGAUUAGAGGUGAUUCAGAAGGAGCUGUUAAUAUAUGGAAAAUUCCUGAACUUUCUCCAGCUCAACUAUCAGUUAUAAAAGAAAACGAUUCUCAUAAAAAAUUAAUUGGUCUUUCUCCAUUUAUGUGUACAAGUUUAUCUAAGGCAUGGGAAUCGAUGAAACCCAAUCCUGUUGGAAUUCUCAACCAAUUGGACUGUGAAAAUGUUCCAAAUAUAAAGUUAACUGCUAGUAUAUACUUAGCAGGCCAAAGUCGUCUAGUCAUUGGUCGUCAAGAUGGUUCUAUCGUUAUCAUUCCAGCAACGCAAACAGUAAUGUUGCAAUUAUUACAUGGAAAUCAUCAACAUUACAAAGAUUGGCCACCACAUCAGAUUUUACUGGGUCAUAAUGGUCGAGUCAAUUGUUUGCUCUAUCCACAUCAUAUGCAUCCGAGAUAUGAUAAGUCUCAUUUAUUAUCUGGAGGUGUAGACUUUGCUAUUUGUUUGUGGGACUUAUAUGCUGGAACAUUGUUACACAGAUUUUGUGUUCAUGCUGGGGAAAUAACACAACUUCUAGUCCCACCAAAUACAUGUGCUAAUCCUAGGAUAUUGAAAUGCAUUUGCUCAGUUGCAAGCGAUCAUUCCGUUACUUUGUUGAGUUUGUCUGAACGUAAAUGUGUGGUGUUAGCAUCCAGACACUUAUUUCCUGUUGUUACGAUUAAAUGGCGUCCUUUAGAUGAUUUUAUGAUUGUUGGUUGUUCUGAUGCCACUGUUUAUGUUUGGCAAAUGGAGACUGGUCACUUGGAUAGAGUAUUACAUGGAAUUAGUGGGGAACAAGUUUUAUAUGCAUGUGAUGAAAACACAACCAUAUCAAGUUCAGUAGAUUCAGGUCUAGCUAAUCCUGCAGUACAUUUCUUCAGAGGAUUACGUCAUCGUAAUAUAAGUGCUAUUAAACAUGCAACACAGAGAGGAAUACAUCAAUUGCAACAAUUGCAUCAUUCAGCUCAUUCUGAUGGCACAGAUCAUAGUAAGACAAGAGCUUACCCAUUAAUGGUACAGGGACUUCGGACCAACCCUAAUGAUCCAGAAUGUCAUAUAUUAUGUUUUGAUAUUGAAGCACUUGUUGUGCAAUUGUUAAGUGAGGAGUAUGGAUUGAUGUCACCAAAAACAAUGGAAGCACAAGGUUUGAUAAAUGCAACAGAAUUCCAAAAAAUAACUGCUCUAACACAGUCUGUAUCAUCUGAUGCUCAUAAAAAAAUUGCAGACUUUUUUGGAAAAGUUAAGGACAAAGCCGACAAUAUGGAACGUAUUUUGAAAGAAAAAGAUAAACAUGGAAUUUUACCUAAAAGGAAGGAUGGUUCAGAAACUAUACUAACAAAACUGCAGUCUGUUAUUGAUGGUUUUGAUAGCAAAUCUAAUGAUAAAGGAUUGAAUCUUAGUGGAGUAGUAUGUCGUAAAGUAUGUGGUGCAAAUUUGACGAUGGAGAUUGCACAAUUGUUGAUGUCAUUACUAUAUGCAUGGGGUUUAGAUUUUGAAAUAGACAAAAUUUGUGAAACUAAACUUGGAUUAUUACGUCCAAUGAUUCCUGUAUCGUUUGGUGUUAUUUCUAAAGGAGGUUUUAUGAGCUUACUGUUACCUACAUGGCAAAGUAGUAUUGAUCUUGAAGAUAAUUAUGUUAAGUCCAGCAAUGGGCCGUUGAUGGAUUUACCACCAGAGAUGGUUCGGCUUGAAUUACUGACUAGGCUUUUUACCGCAAGAACUCACUGGGAAGUAAGCACUACAGUAACUAGUCAGCAUUUACUUGCUAUAGUGGCUAUAGCCAAUACAUUAAUAUCUAUGAGUGCUCCAUGUUUCCUUGAAAACACAUUCUCAAGGCAACAAUCUGUGAAAAGUCGUUUAGAGGAAGGAAACGGAGAACAAAGUACUUCGCAGGUUGCUUUUAUCAAACAAGGAUGGGCGCAACUAAAAACAUUACAUUGUAAAUCGUUACCAGAAAAAGUUGUCAAUCAUGGUUCAAAAAGUUACAAACGCAUUCAAAUUGAAAUGUUGGCACACCGUUGGCAACAUCAUUGUUUGGAGGUGCGAACUGCAGCUCAAGAAUUGUUGUUGGCUGAAUUGGAAAGAAUUGGGCCUAAAGGUCGUAAAACAUUAGUAGAAUUCUGGGUUCAAUAUUUACCAGUAAGCAACACAAAUGGUAGCAUGAAACCUACUGCAGUUAGCUCUAACAAUUUAACCAAUCUAAACAUUAAUGAAAAUGUUGAAUCAUCAGCAAACAUUCAAGAUGAUGAUGACGACGAUGAAGAAGAAGAUCUAUGUUUAAGAAAACCAUCAUCUGUAAGUGAAUUGCGUCGUAAACAGAUGACCGCUGUGAUUUUGAUGGGUGUGAUAGGAGCUGAGUUUGGUCAAGAAGUUAAUGCAUCAGAUAAUGUUAGUACAUCAAGCCGUUCACAGUCUGGAAUAUCUAUUAGAAGAAAAAGUUCAAUUGUGGAAGGUUUUGGGAUAGGAAAUAAUAAUUUAUCUAGACUAACAAGUUUGGCUUUAACUCAAUUGCUUUUAACACCGUCCUCUACGAAAUUGCCUGCUCACAUGGCACUACGGAGAGCAGCAGUAGAUUUGAUUGGCCGUGGUUUUGCUGUAUGGGAACCAUAUUUUGAUGUCAGCAAAGUGUUAUUAGGAAUAUUGGAAUUAUGCUGCGACAAUGACAAACUGGUUCCUAGCAUGUCUUAUGGAUUACCAUUGACACCUUCUGCUGAUUCGUACCGAACUGCUCGCCAUGCACUCAUAUCAAUAGCAAAUGUCCGUCCAGCUGUGUUCAUAACAACUAUUGCUAGAGAGGUGGCUCGUUACAAUAGCAUGCAACAGAAUACUCAGGCUAUGAAUAUGGCUAUAAGUAAUUCAGUUUUGCAUAGAGCAAAACCAGAAAUUUUAUCUAUUGUGGAACAUUUGAUCGAGAAAAUGCAUGUUGAAAUGACAGACUUAUUAGUGGAGGUAAUGGACAUCAUACUGCAUUGUGUAGAUCCAACACAACUAAAAACUCGUCCUCUAUCUGAGAUAUCACCAGCCAUAAGUAGAUUUAGCCAGGUGACCCAUUGUUCAACAUCUAGGCGUAUAGCUGUGGGUACCAAAAACGGCUCAAUCGCGUUAUAUGAAUUAAGAUCGUCCAAAUGCCAGACAAUUAAUGCACAUACUGCAGCUAUCUGUGCAUGUGCAUUUUCACCAGACGGUAAAUUCCUUGUGUCAUACAGUGCAGCAGAGAAUAAAUUAUCCUUCUGGCAAACAUCUACUGGUAUGUUUGGUUUAGGCAACAGUCAAACCAAGUGCACUAAGUCAUAUAGCACUCAGAAAAAAGAUUCAACACGUGCGAGUCAACUGCGACAAAUCAAGUUGCACUGGGCAAGUAACCGCAGUGUUAGAUUUUUUUCAGAUGGUUUGGAAACUACAUUUGUUAUUUAAAUUCUAAAUUCAGUUUGAAUACCGAAUAAAGGAUUGUUUCGUUGAUAAUGUAAAAAAUUUCAUUAGAUCUAUAGAAUUUUGCAUACAAUACAUAUUCCGUGGUUUUUUUUUGUUUUGGCUUAACAUAGUGUAAUUAAUUUAAUUACGUAUUCAACUGUAUAUUAUUAUACACAUUAUUAUUGUUAUCAUAUACCUAUUCGUCUUUAUAGUUUUUAUGUUUCUUUUUAGUUAAAACUUUUAAAUGUUUACAUAUUAUUGAUCCAUUUUAUUUUAAUAGUACACUAGGACAACUUAUUAUCUAUUUAUACAUCAAUUUUGUUUCAAUUAUAUUUUUACAUCUUGAGUUUUGUCAGCUAUAUAAUGUUUUAGAAAAUUCAAUCCUUCAUGUUAAUUUAUUAUUAUUAUUGUUUUAUUUAAAAGGACGUCGAACCCGCGUGUGUUGUCUACAUCUUACACAUAUACGAUAAAGUAAAUUUUCGUUCGCCAGUUUCAAUAGCGUGCUUUUAGUUUUGAUAUUAGAGUGAAUUGACUUAUUAUAAAACUAUUAGGUAAGAAGAACAAUAUUAUCUGUGUUCUCUCAUUGGUUUUUUACAAUAUUUUUAUUUUUUUGUGAGUUGAGUACAAAAAAAAAAUAUUAAAUAUUUGAAAAUUUAAUGCUCAUAAUUCACUAAAAAAUUAAAAUAUCGUAAAAAAGCCAACAAGGGAACACAGAUAAUGUUCUUCUUACCUAAAAAUUUGAUAAUAGGUUAAUUCACUCUAAUAUUAAAACUAAAAGCACACUAUUGAAACUGUUGAACAAAAAAUUACUGUCGUGUAUGUGUGUAAAACAGAGACAACACAUACGGGUGUUACAUCCUCUUAAUUCAAGUUAUCUUAUUAUGUAGUUGUAUUAUAGAUCUCAUGUGAUUAUUUUUUUAAAUUAUAGUAUAGAAUAUACUAAUUAGCAGAAUAGCAGAUUAGAAUGUGUUAUUUAAAUUAAUCAUUAUUAUAUUAUUAUGUUUAAUGAAUGUCAUUCCACCAACCAAUACCAUUUCUACAAAAAUUAUGUAGAACUAUGAAAGUAUAGAAAAUUAUUUAUAAAAUAUUCUAAAUGAUUAUUUAACAGUAAAAAUAUUGAAAUUAUUAUAUUUAUUAGUUUUAUUCAACAAUCAUACCAUUAAUUUUAAAAAUAAUUGUUUUACAUAAAUAAACAUUAAAUUAUUAUAAUAUAUUAACAAAUAUUUAAAAAUAUGGACAUUUUUCGGUUUUAAAAAUGUUUUUUAAUUCACUGAUAACUGAACAGCAACCAUUUAUUUUUGAGCAAUUUUAUACACAACUUCCCAAUUAAUGAAUGUGCAUUAACUAUAAUUAUGUGUCUAUUGUACAAUUGCCUUAUAAUUUGUUUUUAUUGUUUAAUAUAUUUUUUUUUCAACUAAUAUUUCAAAGAUAAAUACAAAUAUUGUUCACGGAUUUUAAUUUUAUUACACAAUUUAUUUUCUUUAAUAUUGAAUUAUUUUUAACUAUAAAAAAUGUAUAAGCACUUAUUAAGUUGUAUCCUUGGAUUUUUUAAUACAUCCAAUAAAUUAUAAUCUAAAACUACAUUAUGCUAUUACCAAUAUCAUGUAUUUAUUUAAUGUUUAGUAAACAAGUAGUCAAAGAUAAUUAAUAUUUAUUUAUUACUUCUUUAGCCAUAUUAAUAUAUGGACUGUGUAUUUCAUAAACUUUGCCAUAAACUGCCUAGUGUCAAAAUUGUUUGCAAGGAUAACCUGUGCAUAUCAUCGAUUUCUAUACUAUGUAUCUUUGUGGAUAGGACCUUAAAAAGUAUGCUAUCUUUUUCUAACAAUGUUUGCCCACUAACCUAUCUUCUCUGUCAUGAUUACUUUACAUUUACUAUAUUUUGAAUUAAACCAAAUAGUAUAUAUUUGUAAUUGUUUUAAAGAUAAUUUUUUUUUUUUUAAUGUAUUAGUAUUCAGGCAAUCUUUGUGAUAUGUAAAAUUUUUUAAUUGUUUUUUUUUACAUUUAAUUAUAAUACAUUUCAUAUGGUUUUUUUUUUUGUUAUUAUUGUCAUUAAUCAAAUAUUGAAUCGUUAUUAAUGAACAUAUAUAUAUAAUAGUAUUAUAAUCACACAACACCUAAAAAUGUACAUAAUUCAGUUAUGGUUGAUAGUGAACGAGAUAACGAGAUUCAUUUUUCAUACAAAUAUUUUACAGGUUUUUUAAAUAUAUUAAAUAUUUAAUGCAAAACAUACUAAAAUUAGUUGUUUAAUGACAUUAUUAAUGCCUACUGCAUGAUUCGGUUAUAAGAUUUCAAAAUAUCACCAUAUAAUAUAUAUAUAUAUAAAUAAUAAUACUUAUGCUGUUGCUAUUCAUUUAAUCAACAAGGAUUGUUAACAAUGUUGUUAUUAAGUAGCUUGUUUUGCGUGGGAAUUGUGCCUAUUUGUCUUAUGUAUUUACCAUUAACAAUGUUACUAUUAUAGUUAUUAUUAUUAUUAUUAUUAUUACUAUAUUAGAAUUAUUGUAUUGAUUUAGAAUUAGGUAAUUGAUUCAAGAUAAAAUUACAUACCAAAUAUAUUACUUAAGAUUUUUAAAUAUGUGUCAAUAAUAUAUUAUUACACUUAUUAUUCUAUAAUAAAUCACAUUUAAAAUUGUA